AUGCACAGAAUCAGGAAAAAGCGAGUGCGUGCACGUGUUGGACGCAUUUCGGAGCUAACUGAAAACGCUUGUCAUAGAAAGAGGAAAAAUGUUGAGGAAGAUCAUAUUGGCGGCGGUGAACAAGCCUCCGGUGUCGCCGGCGACGACUCUGGCUGGACGGAGGGGGAGCGGCGGCGGCUCCUGGUGCUGGUGUUGCUGUGUCACGAGGAGUUGGAACCUCGUGACUUUUGUUUCGGUGAGCCUGAAUCAUUCAAUGAGGAAGGUUUGGUUGAUGUAAAUAUUAACAGUGAUGGACAUAGUGAUUCAGAUUGGGAUGGUAAUGUGCCAUGUGCUGUUGAAAGUGCAUCUGAUGGAGAAGGUUGGUACACAGCACAAGAGUCGACUGAUUCAGAUUCUGAUGAAGUAAGGACUGAGGGUGGAGGGUUAGAUUUCGAGUGGCAAUCAGAUGAAUUGGUUAGUGGUUCAGACAUUGAUGAGGUGAAAGAUGAUUUUGAAGGUUAUGGGUCAUUUCCUACAUUUACAAUGCCAAAAAACAUGGACGACUAUAAAUGGGAAAUAGGAACUUAUUUCACAGAGAAACAUGAAUUCACUGAAGCAAUUAGAACCUAUGCACCUGCAAAUGGAAAAAGUUUAAAAUUUGUAAAAAAUGACAAUCAGAGGGUUUCAGUUAAAUGUUUGGGAGCAAAUGGAGAAUGCAAUUGGUAUGCUUAUUGUGGUUAUAUGGGUGCAGUGAAGUCAUGGCAACUUAGAAAAAUAAUAGAUCAGCAUACGUGUUCUAGAGAUUUCAACGUAAAAUUAAUGAAUGCAAAGUGGCUAAGCAAGAAGAUGGAAAAGACAGUUAGAGAAAACCCUAGUAUGAAGGUCAUGGACAUUCGUGACAAGGUCAGUAGGAAAUGGAAUGUAGGUAUAUCUAGAAAUAUGGCUUUUCGGGCUAGAGCUAUUGCUAGAGAUCACGUGGAUGGGUCUUUUUCAGAACAGUUUAGGAGAAUAUAUGAUUAUGCACACGAACUGCUGAGAACCAAUCCAGGUUCUACUGUAAAGCUUAAUGUUGAGAACACAGAAGGUGAAGUUAUAUUUAAGAGAUUCUAUGCAUGCUUGAAGGCAUGCAAAGACAGUUUCACGUGCUGUAGACCUUUCAUUGGAUUGGAUGGCUGCUUUCUCAAAGGAAGGUAUGGUGGCGAGUUACUAAUAGCAAUUGGAAGAGAUGGUAAUGAGCAGAUUCUUCCUCUUGCAUAUGCUGUUGUAGAAGUAGAAAAUAAGGAUUCGUGGAGAUGGUUUUUGGAGCUUCUGAUUAAUGAUCUUGGUGGGGAUUCAGUUUGUGCAACAUGCACUUUUAUAUCAGACCAACAAAAGGGUCUUCUCCCAGUUAUGCAAGAACUUCUUCCUGGAGUGGACCAGAGAUUUUGUGUUAGGCAUUUGUAUGCUAAUUUCAGAAAGCAAUUCUCCGGAGAAAAUCUUAAACGUCUCAUGUGGAAGGCUGUAGGAGCAACACAUCCACAUGCUUGGGAGAAGAUAAUGAGGGACAUUAAAGAGGUCAAUGAAGAGGCAUUCAAACACUUGAUUGGUAUUCCUCCAAGGUAUUGGUCCAGAUCUAGAUUCACUGUAAGAGCUCAGUGUGACACCUUGGUUAAUAAUAUGUGCGAGGCAUUCAACAGUGUGCUAGUGAAGACUCGAACAAAGCCAAUAAUAAGUAUGCUGGAGGACAUUCGUGUUUAUAUCAUGAAGAGAUGGGCCAAAAACAGAUCUAAGGUGCAGUCUUUUAAAGGUUCAGUGUGUCCCAGAAUUCUUGACAGGCUUAAGAAGGAAUCAAGCUUAACAAGACACUGGAUACCAAGAUGGUCAAUAGAGAAGUUGUUUGAAGUGAGGCAUGCUUCAAAUCUAGGAGAACAGUUUGUGGUUAAUAUUGACAAGAUGGAGUGCAGCUGCAGGAAAUGGAGCAUCACUGGACUUCCUGAUACUUUUGCUUUUUCUUGUUUUUAUUUGUUUUUCGUUGGACCAUUUUAUGCUGAAUUUGUUUUUCAUUUUGUUUUUGGUUUUACUGUUUGUACACCUGCACUUUAUUAA